UCCCGACAUCACCUUGCAAUUAUCAUUCCCUAUCGUGAUCGUUUGAGAGAGCUUCAACUCUUGGUACCACAUUUGCGUCAGUUCUUGAAUGAGCAAAAGGUGCGGCAUUCUUUUUAUGUCGUGCACCAAGUCGAUAAUUUACGUUUCAACAGGGGAGCCUUGCUCAACUUGUACCUUCCUCCCGCGGACUACGUGGCUCUUCAUGAUGUGGAUCUGUUACCCGUGGACCCGCACAUCCGGUACACAUGGCCUGGUGACCAAGGACCCUAUCAUCCCAUACCAGCACGGUUUCAUCCCCGGUACUAUUGGUAUGAGAAAUACUUUGGUGGUGUCCUAAUCAUCACCCGGAAACAAUUUACCCGACUGAAUGGAAUGUCCAACUCUUUUUGGGGUUGGGGUUCCGAGGAUGACGAAUUCCGUCGACGAGUAAUUCUUGACCAGCAGACCUUUGGAAAAGUUGUAUUCACGUUUUCGUUUAGUUUCCCCAGAAUGAUUAUUGAAAACCAUUUGGCUUGUCGGUUAAAUAAUUGCUUCGGUUUUAUCAAUAUUCUCCAUCGUCAGAUUUCAGCUCCUGCUGAUUUGCCGUUGGGUAGGGACGCAUUUCGCUCGAUACACGAUGAGAAAUUACACGUUCGGGAUGCGUCUACUUACUAUGACUUCCGAGUAGUAAGUUUGCAGUUGUGUACACAUUUCCCCAUGCCUGUUUUCCAUAAUCAUAUUAUCCUUGCUGAGUACGUCUUUCGAAAAUAUAGUUUGUACAGUGGCCCCGGUAAAAAUGGAAUAAAAUUUGCUACUGUAUGCGAUAACAAAAGGAUAGGAAUAACAAGAAAAAAAAACGUGAUAUUUACUUUCUGUACCAGAUGUUACAAAAAGAGAAUAGAAUAA